AGUCAGUUAAAAGAAGAGAGGGAGAGAAGACAAGCUCUGGACAGUAUGAGGCAAGGAGACAAGAAAGAGCAGCUACUGCAGGAGCUGAGGACUCGAGAACAAGAGCUGGAGUUCACGCUUACCAAACAGAGAGAGUUGGAGAGCAGAAUCAACUCUCUGAGCAGUGACCAGGCUGAUGCUCGCGGGGAGAACCGGCGACUGCAGAACGUAAACCAGCAGCUUCAGGAUCAGCUGGAGCAGAGCCGAGAGGAGCUCCAGAACUCACUGAGUCAACUACAACAACUGCAGAACACCAUCAAACAGCAGCAGAGGGGCAAAGAGAGAGAAGUCCUGAAAGUGUCCCGAAACAUGCAGAAGGAGCGGGAAAGCCUCGUGAGACAGCUGGAGCUGCUCCGAGACAUGAACAAGCGUCUUCGAGAUGAUAAAGAUGCCCAUCAGGCACAGAAGAUGACAUCACAUACGAAGAACCCUUUGCAGAGGAAGGAAUCAAUAAUGGGGAACUAUUUUCCACCGAGGAAAUCUGCAAAGAGGCAGCUGACGGAAAACUCAAAUGAAGAGCCUGAGGAUUCAGACGCCUGUCUAGCAGAUUCACAUGCAAAAAGACUCUCUAUAUCUGAACAGAGAGAAGACGCAGAGAAAUCCACGGUACAUACAGCUGAACGCUAAAU